GGGACACGCCGCCCUAUGUGCCUGUGAAAAACCUCCUUCCUCACACGUUGUCUGGCCCUUGGAAAGAGAGAGAGAGAGAGAGAGAAAGAGGAAAAAGGAAAAAAAAAAAAAAAGGAGAAAGAGAGGAGACGGAACAAAAAAAUGCUCGUCAAGGAAUUUCGGGUUAUCCUGCCAGUCACAGUUGAAGAGUACCAAGUGGCGCAGCUGUACAGUGUUGCGGAAGCAAGCAAAAAUGAGACGGGUGGCGGAGAAGGAAUUGAGGUGCUCAAGAAUGAACCCUUUGACAAUUACCCUCUCCUUGGGGGCAAAUACUGCAAGGGCCAAUACACCUAUAAAAUAUACCAUCUCAAAAGCAAAGUACCAGCAUUUAUACGGCUGCUUGCACCUGAGGGGUCGUUAGAGGUUCACGAAGAGGCCUGGAAUGCCUACCCAUAUUGCAGGACUGUCAUAUCGAACCCAGGUUACAUGAAGGAUGCCUUUUACGUCACAAUUGAGACCCUCCAUGCCCCAGGCCAUGGUGAUUUGGAGAAUGCCCAUGAACUAACCGGAGACAAGCUGAAGAUGCGAGAGGUUGUGACCAUUGACAUUAGCAACGACCCAGUCAAGCCAGCUGACUACAAGCCCUCUGAAGAUCCCACGAAGUUCAAAUCGGAGAAGACAGGGCGAGGACCCCUGAUAGGGCCCCAGUGGUGGAAGAAGUGUGAUCCCGUCAUGACCUGUUACAAGCUGGUGACAUGUGAGUUCAAGUGGUUUGGACUCCAGACGCGCAUUGAGAAGUUUAUUCAGGAUGUUGAACGAAGACUUUUCACCAAUUUCCAUAGGCAAGUCUUCUGUUGGAUGGACAGAUGGCACGGAUUGACCAUGGAAGACAUUCGGCGAUUGGAAGACAAGACAAAGGAAGAACUUGACCAGCAAAGACAGGUUGGCGAGGUGCGAGGAACGAAGGGCGAAUAAACACACUCGGCACUCCACUCUGGCGAUGCAGAAAGACGCAAGCUACCAGACGAAGAUGGACUAUCCACUCAAGUUGAGAAAUCAAUCAUUCAGCACUAUAGGAAAUAUUGGGUCUAUUGCAAUCGUUGAUUUCAUUGAUCUGCAUCCAGUACAUUGAUAAGGAAUAGGGAGGAGAGAGAAUAAAUUGUAAGGGGGGACCGUGAGAGAGUGAAGAAGUUGUGACAUUGGAAAACUUCUCUUUCCCCAUAGAGUUGGUGAGAUAUGAGUGGUUGUUUGUUUUAUAUAUUUCCCGUAGAUCAAAAAUCAGAGUUGUUACUUUGUUAUGUCUCUGAGGAUUUGGUUUCAUGAUCUGAAUCUGUAACGCGUCCUCCAUUUCCAUCAUAAGAAGCUUGUUAAUCAUGUUUGCCAAAUUAUUAUAUUUGAUACAGUUGUCAUAGGAAUACAUCAUUCAUUCAGUAUUAUCUAAUAACAUUUCGGUCUUAAUUUUUGAUAAAAAAUAUAUAUAUCUUCAACUCCACUUUUAAUGUGAAGCCAAAAAUAUGAGAUGAAGAGAACAAGAAUAGAGAGAAAAGGUAGUAAUUAGUAGAUAGGAUGAGACACAAAAAAUUACCGGGGCUGACUAGUAGAAAAAUACAAAAAGACAAGACUAGAGGAGUCAUAAGUUAUGAAUAGAUCAGUUCAUACGGGCAUGCUUAUGAAUAAAGGAGUGAAGGACUUUUCAUUCUGAAAACUUUGAAUCUCAGCUUUGUGAAAAUGUUUUUUGUCAUUUUUUAGGUACUUUGUUGUUUUCUCCUUUUUAUUUCUAAUUUAUUUAUUUAUUGAAAAUGUAUCCUUAGUUUCACUGCUUUGAAUAACAAAGUAACUGUUUUUAUAUCUGACGUGGCUUUUGAUCAAAAUUAAAAGGUAAAAAUGAUGUCAAAUAAGCAUGUUUUAGAACUUUUGUUAUUGUUGUUGUUAUUGUUACCAUUUAUAUAUCAUUACGCUGAUGCUAUAUUUUAAUAUUAAUAAUGAUAUCAUUAUUAUGAUUUACUUUAUUCCAUUAUCAUUUACCAUAUUUGUCAUGGUGAAUGGUAUUUAGUAUGCACAUAACUCAUUUGAUAAAACUUCUGUUAUGAGUAACUUAAGUUCUCCAUCAGAUACAUUACUGUCAUUGACUGAGUAUGAUAAAUACUGUUGCAUUUGCAAUAUUUCUUGUAAUGCUGAAUCCAAAUAUGAAAUUCCAGUGUACUCCCUUUGUCAAGUGAAAUGAGUUCUGCUCCUUGUUCAGAUCUGACAAUAAUGUAUAAAUGCUAGUCCCAUUACUUCACAAAACUUAGAGUAUAUUCUUUAUUUUUUUAGUUUUGAAAGUGGAAAAAAGAAGCAAAAGGGAAAUGAAAUCUCCAUCACUUGUUUUGUGAAGGCCUUUCAACAGUUUGUUCUGUAAUUUGUUGCGUGGUAUGAAUAUCUGUCACUUGACAUUAGUUCAAACUCCAUAUUUCAGACUUAUGUUACAUGUAGAAAUUGAACAGAAAUUUGAUGCUAUAGAAUUAUUAGUGGAAUGAUAGACACACAGUUGAGUGAAGUUGUUAAUUAUAUGAAUAUUAAUCAGAAUCUUGAUAAUUGCCAGUUCAGUGUGUUCAUCCCUCUUAGUUGCACUAGGAGGGAAGGAAAACAAGCAAACGGAAAAUGAAGAAUGGUUAAUUAGGGCCGACUAGUCUGUCUGAGGAACUAUCGAGCAUAGAUUGAAUUUAGUCAUUGAGUCGAGAUUGUUGUUCUGACUGACGUGUGAUUAGUGUUUGUUUGAGUUGUUGAACAGGUUGGUGGUUGUGUUAGUUGAAAGAUUAACAGUAGUGUAUCCCUGUGCUGUUAAUGUAAUGUGAUAACAGAGAAAAAAAUGUAGGUUGUAAAUGGAGAAAACAAGUUUAUUUUCCUUGUAGGAUCCAAUUGAGUGAGACACAGGUAUUAGCCAGUGGCUUCACUAAAAACAAAGUCUGGAGGUGACUUAGACAGCCUUGAGCAUGUCCACUCCCUACAUAGAACUGCAUUCAUCUAGAGGAGAAGUUUAGCAAACUUACCAUUUAUUUGAGAAAAUAGACCUCAGGGCAAAAAUGAAAGAAACUCUACAGUAACCUUGCCUAGUUUGAGCCAGCAUUCUCUAACUUGACUUUAGGUGUUUAAACAAAUUUCCAUUGAAAACCAGUGUUAAGAAAACCUCCCCUUUUUUGCUGGUAAAUGUCAUUGGUUCGAAGAUUUCAUUUAGGGUAAUUAUAGGGUUCAGUACAGUAAAAACAGUGCUGGUUUUAUGAGAAGUCAUGUACUUUUGAAAAUCAUGAGUUCAUUGUAAUGAGAACUUUAAGAACAGCUAUAGGAAAUUCUGAGAUUAGUUUAUCAACAUCAUGUAGCAGAAGACUACUCAUGUCAUAGUUGAAAUAAAAAACCUGUGCCCACAUCCCCUCCAAAUCCCCUCUCCCUCCCUCCCUCCCUCUUUCCCUCAUUCCCUCCCUCCCUCCCUCAUUCCCUCCCUCCCUCCCUCCCUCUCUCCCUCCCUCCUUCCUUCCCUCCUUCCUUCCUUCCUUCCUUCCUUCCUUCCUUCCUUCCUUCCUUCCCCUGUUUCCCAGAAAUGCACAUGGCUUUCAGAAAAACUAAAUCACUAGACCUGUAACAUUUCGGCAUUUUGAAUAGAAGUGGACAAUGUUAAGCACGGAACGAUUCUUUCGUCUUCUUCCUUUUCUCAUCUCAUUUUUCCCACAUUUAGAGGAAAGUCAAUUAAUUACUGGGAAAUGUAGAUGUAACAUCAUUAGUUAGGAGUAAUUCCAUUGAAGGUAGAGAGAUUCCUUCUAAGUUGUGUGUCUUUGAAGUGAUGGGUCUGUGCUAGGUUUCUCUCUAGGUAUUCACAUAUUGCUAAUAUCUAAUGAUGAUGUUUGUGUAACGUUUUGUUAUGUCUGUAAUAGAUGAGACUUACAGAUUGUUAACGGAUGCAAGACUGUUGACAUUACUGUUGUUGGUGGAAUUUGCGUAUUCUCCGCUACGUUUCUGAGGCUGCUCAUUUUGAAAUAAUAAAAUGACCAAAAUGUUAGCAGGUUAAUGUUAUCAUCUGGGAUCAUAUGUAGUUCAAACUGUGUGCUUUUAGACUGAGCUAAGAUUUGUGAUAGCCUGUGUUCCCAUUUUGUUUCGGCACUAGAGGCUGACCCUUUCAGGAAUGCCGUUAAGUCUCCUAAUAGAUCUCAUGCCAUCACCCUCUGUGGAACAAAACGAAUAGCGAUGAUCUAGUAGAUAUAGUAGACUGUUUUUAAAAGAUUUCCCUUAUUUUUAUGAUUGUUAUUUUUUUAUUUUCAUUCUUGUCUAGAGAUAGAUUUCGAUUUUACUUUGCUCCAGCUGUUGAACAUAACACAUGUUGCAUAUUAGAGGCACUCACACGCAUUCCAGUCAUAGAUCUUUGUUGCUUCAGUUCUAACAGCUUGAUAUUCAAGUACCGACUACGCUCAUUUUUUGAGUUCAACGCGUGUAUUAAGUUAGCACAGUUGUAAAUAUGGAAAGCACCAGUGUUAAACAGACCAUGCAGCAGCUUCAUUUAUUCCUCCCCACAGGGCUAAGCCACAAAUGGGGGAAAGAGUGCCAAAGAUGUCGUGGGCAACACAGAGAGAAAAAAAUGUCUUUCUGGCAAAAACUUACGUAGAGAGAACAGAUUGGUACAUGUAUGUUGGAUCAGAUGACAAUAUCAUUAACUGAUAAGAAUGUUGUAUUUAAAACUUCUCUGUUGCUUGCUACGUUGGUUUUUGGCAUCUCUACUUUCCAGGUUUUCUUUCUAUUUUUUUAUUGUUUUUAUAGUAUUUUCUGAAUUUAUUUUUAUCAUUUUUUUUCUAUUUAUGUAUAUAAUCAUUCCAUUAAACUGUGCAGUUGAUCAUGAAUCUGAUUUACCUGUUAUGUGAAGCUGUAGUGAUUUAUUAGCUUAUCUGUUGUUUGGACACCUGAGAAAAUGUAUGAUAAAUGGAUAUGCUGUGUGUUGAAAAUUGUUUAUUGAAGGAAGUUGUAUAGAAAGAAAAAAAAAAGAUAAAAGAGUCAGUUGCUUGUUUGAUUAAUUGUGAAACCAGUUGGGUAGAAAUUUGAAAGCGAAGAGACGUUUAAAAAAAGUGUAGUUAUGCAUCAUUUGUUUGAAAGGACAGUUAAAAAGACAAUAUAAGCAUUUAGUGAUCUUUAAUCUAGGUUUAUAAAUUGUAGAAAAAGAAUGUAUCAUUUACUGCUAUGUGAAAAAGUCAUGGAAGAUUUUAAUACACUUGAGUAUCAGUCUAAACAUCUCCAUGUCAUGUGAAUUAUGUGAAAAGUGGAUUAGAGGCAAAACAAGUAACAAAAUAGACUCCUAUGAAAGACACAAUGGAAAAAAAUACAGAAGUGGCUACAGUUUGUUACUGAUGAUAUGUUUUUACACUUUUUUUUAUCGUAAGUCUUACCUUGUUUCAUACAUAGUCAUUACUGUGAUGAAUUUCUUGAUAUUAAUGAUAUCUGUUGAGCAUAAUACAAUGAUUUUGUAUCCACCAUUUCAGUUUGUAUCACCAUCAUCAGUAAUCCUCCAUCCAGGUAUCACAUGCCGCAUCAUCUAAGGUAACGAGCAGUCCCUCACAUGUCCCUAAAGCAAAUAGACCAUGUCCAAUAUUCCAUGGUAGUCAGACCAUUCCUCACAAUUCAGUGGUUAAACUAAGCCAUUACUCACAAUUUUCAGCGGUUGACUAGACCAUUCCUCACAGUUCAGCAGUUAACCAUUUUUCAUACUCUAUGCACUACCAUUCCUCACUGUAGGCUAAACCUUUGCCCCCAAUCUGAAGCUAUUUUUCCAGUUGGUCAGUGGGCGUAUAAAAAGGGUUUGUGGAGGCAGAUGGAACUACCUCUGUAUUUUUAUAAUCAGGAGGAGGUUCAUUGCAAGUGGAUUUCACAAUCGGUAAUCAAAAUUUAUGUUUCAUCGUGUCUCAGACUGGUUACAUUUGGUCAUUUCAGAGUGUGCACCAAAAUCAUGUGUGAUGGCUUUUUAGCAAUAUUCUAAUACUCUUUUUUCUUCUGAAAUUAUGGUAUCCAUUAGAGAUAUAUUGUUGUGGUUGGUUCAGUAGAGGAAAAAUAAAAGAUAUUGUUAUUUGUUCCCUUUGUAUAUAUUCUGAGUAUUAGAUAACUUUCAUGCUCCUCAACAUUGAUAUUGGAAGAAUAAGUAUUUUGGUCAGAAGAAAUACUUCUAUUUACUGUCUGAUUUACAGAAAACAUUUGAAUUAUGCAAAUUUAGGGGGAAGAGAAGUGCUGUCAUUUUUGUAGAUGAGGGGAGAGUGAUUGCAUAUCGUGACAGUGGCCAUCACAAACCUCCAUCUACAGUCCUCUCUCCCAAAAGUCAUAGAUAGUAAAUGCUCUAUGAAAACCUAUUUCUGCUCUCUAUUUACUUAACCCUCAGGUAUAUAUAUUUUUUUCUAUGUAAAUAUAUUUUUUAGUAUGUUAUAUUAAACUCACAUAUUUUUUUCCUUUCUCAUUACAUCUUGUUUCUCAUGUUGUUUCUUAAGUUGAUCUGUGUAUAUCUUUUUACCUUCAAGCCUUGUCUCACACUCCCCUAUGAAGAUUGGCUCGUGACGUAUUCUAAUCACUCGCACUUUCAUGGGCCUUUGUCCCUCUAGACUUGCCUUGCCAUAAAUAAUGUCAUAGUUUACAUACAUACAUUUCUUUCUCGUUUCAGUCAGUAUUUAUAAUGCACUGCGAUUUUACUUCUGUCAAAUUUAUAUAUCAUUCUAUUUUUUUAUGGGUAUUCAUUAAGUUCAUAAUAUGUUGUUUGAUAUUUUAAUAAUCUGCUGUACCUUGUUCCUGAUUGUUAAAGUUUUUUGCAUCAUUGUGACCAGGCAUUGUGUGUUUGUGAGGAGUGUACAGUAAGUGAACAUUUAAAAUAAUGACUUAGUAAGAGAAGAUAAUGUAAUGCUGUAUUAGUCCAAAUAUAAUAUGUUCAGA